GCUUCGUCAUCAAGCUUUGGACGGGCUGGGGUCGGGUGUUUCGGGAGAGAAGCUGCGGUCGGAGUUGCUGUGGUCGGCUUUGCUUGGCGGCUUUGCAGUCUGGAUCUCAAGAAAUUGUGGUGGUGGGUUUUCAAGGAAUGUUUCAAGAUGAAGGGUUGAUGAUCCGUCCCCCUCCUGAGCCACCGCCGAGGAUGAUGUUUGAAGCAUGGAUUCAGUUACUUUGUCGGUUUAUUUUAUUAAUUUUCGUUUUAUUCCACAGUCAGAUUAUUAUUUUUUGUGUUUACUCUUUCUUCUGCUGUAAAACUCUUGCAUUAGGUUUGGGGGUUGAGAGGUUUACGGUAAUCGUUGUUGGCUUUAAUUUGCCCAAGUUAGGUCUAGCGAGUUAUAUUGCUUUCUCAAGGUGAUUAAUUCAGAGUGUUGACUAAGGGCGAAUGGUUACAUGUGGUCCUUUUAUAUUGCUAUUCUUGUUUGAUUAUUAUCGAAUUU